CAAAAAGUAAAACACAAAGGAAUUUUCUCUGUGUCUCAGUUUUUUUCGUUCUUUCUUUCUGCAGAUAAUUAAAAAAGAGAAACUCAAAACCGACAUUUUUCUUCUGUUUCCAGCUUUUCUUUAUCUUUGGUUUCUGGAGAAGACAAAAGUUGUUGUCCUUUUUAAGAGUUCGAGAUCCUGCAGAAAUUAAAAAAGGGGUCGUCUCGAGUUUUGUUAAAACUUGACCCGUUUCCGGUUGGAUUCCUAAUUAUGGGUUCAGAAAUUAAGCAGAUAUUGAAGAGUCUCUGUUUCAGCCAUGAAUGGUCUUAUGCUGUGGUUUGGCGUUAUGAUCCCAUCAAUUCCAUGCUAUUGAGAUUUGAAGAAGCAUACAAUGAUGAACAAUCAGUCGCCCUAGUUGAUGAUAUGAUUCUACAGGCUCAUAUCUUAGGCCAAGGAAUUGUGGGCGAAGUAGCUUCGACCGGUAACCAUCAAUGGCUGUUCUCAGACGCAUUGUUUCAGUGGGACCAUGAGUUUCAGAAUCAGUUUCUCUCUGGCUUUAAGACUAUAGCAAUCCUUCCACUAGGAUCCAGCGGCGUUGUUCAGCUAGGAUCUACUCAAAAGAUUCUUGAGAGCUCAGAGAUAUUGGAACAAACAACAAGAGCUCUGCAGGAGACGUGUUUCAAACCAGAUGAUUCGGGGGAUCUCGAUACUCUGUUCGAGUCUUUAGUCCCACUGGGAGAUUGCGAGAUUUUCCCAGCUGAAUCUUUCCAAGGAUUCAGCUUUGACGACAUCUUCGCUGACGACAAUCCUCCUUCUUUGCUCAGCCCUGAGAUGAUCUCUGUUGAAACCUCUGAAGCAGCUUCUUCCCACCAAGAUCUUAGCAAUGGAGAUGAUUUUGGGUUCGACAUUCUCGAGUCUUACUCUCUGGACGAUCUUUACCAGCUGCUAGCUGAUUCCCCUGAACAGAACUGCUCUUCCAUGGUGAUCCAAGGAGAUGACAAGGAUCUUUUCGACAUUUUGGGGAUGAAUCCUCAAACGCCUACAAUGGCUUUGCCGCCUAAAGGACUCUUCUCAGAGCUCAUAAGCAGUAGUCUUAGCAACAACACUUGUAGUAGUUCUCUCACAAACGUGCAAGACUAUUCUGGCGUGAACCAGAGCAAAAGACGGAAGCUUGAAACAUCAUCAGAGCAUAGCUCAAGCUUGUUUCCGCAGGAGGAGACAGUAAAUGGUCGGAGUUUGUGGAAUGAUGAUGAGAGAUCGAGCGUUGGAGGGAAUUGGAAGAAGCCUCACGAAGAAGGUGUGAAGAAGAAAAGAGCAAAGGCAGGAGAAAGCAGGAGGCCGAGGCCUAAGGACCGUCAGAUGAUACAAGACCGUAUCAAGGAGCUGCGAGGGAUGAUUCCAAAUGGAGCUAAGUGUAGCAUAGAUACGUUGCUUGAUCUGACCAUAAAACACAUGGUGUUCAUGCAAAGCAUCGCCAAGUACGCGGACAGACUCAAAGAACCAUACGAGCCUAAGCAGCUGGUGAAGGAGAAAGAGAGAACAUGGGCGUUGGAAGUGGGGGAAGGAGGAGUGGUAUGUCCGAUAAUGGUGGAGGAACUGAACAGGAAAGGAGAAAUGCAGAUAGAGAUGGUGUGUGAUGAAAGAGAUGAGUUUCUGGAGAUAGGAGACGUGGUGAGAGGAUUGGGAUUGAAGAUAGUGAAAGGAGUGAUGGAAAGAAGAAAAGGGCAAACAUGGGCACAGUUCAUCGUAGAGGCAAAGCCACAAGUGACAAGGAUUCAAGUCUUGUACUCACUUGUUGAGCUCUUUCAACAUCACGACACCAAACAUGAUGAUUUAUUAUUAUUAUUAUAGUAUAGUAUAGUAUACCUACCACUUUGAUUUUCUUUUUUUGUUUUGUUUUCUUGUUACAAACAUGCAUGGUUACAACAAGACAAGAAUCUGUUGAUAGUGUAGUUGUUCCCCAUUUAAUUUUACAUGAAAGAAGAUUGUAUGGGCUUUAAA